AUGAUGCUUCGUCUCAAAACCGCCUUUCUGGCAUGUGGUCUGGCCACCAAUAUCGCUGCCGAUCUAGUCGAAGCCACGUCCACGGUUCCUGCCAGCUUUGUCGGCACCGCCUCGCUCCAGAAGCCCGAAGGCAUCGACGAUGCGCCACGUCCCAACGAGAUCGUCAAUACUCAACCCGGCCUGGUCGAAAGCAGCGCCGGCCGAGGAAAGGUGGGGAGCAACUGCGGCCUCGCCAUCAAGUGGACCAGCAAUUGGGACGAGGUUGGCCGCCGGUACCGGGUCCUGGCCAAGCCUAUCUUGGACGGCCCCGUGAAGGAGGAGGACGACCCCCUGAAUCAGAUGACAGCGAUCUGGGCGAACAAAUGCCGCUCGAUCCCAAACAACGGCUGGAACCACAACGCGGUGGCCUGGCAGCAACCCGGCACGACCGAUGCCUUUUGCGAUAUAUCCUUUGUGCACGGAUCGGUCGGUCAUGACCAGUACUUGGCCUGGCACAACGAGGUUGCCGACCAGUGGCGCGAGCUUUAUCCUGGCUGCUGGGUUUACUUGUGGGUCUGA